GACCAUCAUGAAGGCCCGUUUGAAAGGAGCCCAAACAGGUCGUAACCUCUUGAAGAAAAAAUCUGAUGCUUUGACACUUCGAUUCAGGCAGAUCCUUAAGAAAAUUAUUGAGACCAAGAUGCUGAUGGGUGAGGUGAUGAGAGAAGCUGCCUUUUCACUUGCUGAGGCCAAGUUUACAGCAGGAGAUUUCAGUACCACUGUGAUCCAAAAUGUGAACAAAGCUCAAGUCAAGAUCAGAGCUAAAAAAGACAAUGUAGCAGGUGUAACCUUGCCAGUUUUUGAGCAUUACCAAGAAGGAGGGGACAGCUAUGAGCUGACUGGCUUGGCCAGAGGUGGAGAACAGCUGGCUAAGCUGAAGAGGAACUAUGCCAAAGCUGUGGAGCUGCUUGUGGAGCUGGCCUCCUUACAGACAUCAUUUGUUACUUUGGAUGAAGCCAUCAAAAUAACAAACAGACGUGUGAAUGCAAUUGAACACGUGAUUAUUCCCAGGAUUGAGCGUACCCUUUCUUAUAUCAUCACAGAACUGGAUGAACGAGAACGAGAGGAAUUCUACAGGUUAAAGAAGAUCCAGGAAAAGAAAAAGGUAUUGAAAGAAAAAUCUGAGAAAGAACGGGAGCUGCGGAGGGCUGCUGGUGGGGAACGUGAACCAGCCAAUCUCUUAGCAGAAGAGAAGGAUGAAGACCUUCUCUUUGAGUAACCCAGCACUGUUGUUGUUUAUGGAGCAGGGGACCCAGAGUACAGAAUGUCCAAUUGCAAUAUAAUUCAGGACACGUUGCCUCAAUGAUACUUAUGUGACUUCUCAAUUGGUGUACAAGUCUUGAGUUGAAUGGAUUGUGGAUUUCUCCUGGGAGAUUAGAAAUCUGGGAACUUGACUGGAGCAUAGAAAGAAAAAGAUGAGUCAGGUGCUUUCUUACCAGGAAAGCUGCCUGUUGCAUGUUCAGCCGGUUUCUUCACUUAGUAGGAAUGACUGUCCAUUUGCAGGAUGGCUCUGGAUUUGCCUCAUCAGAUUCUUCUCUCAUUGCUCCCCUUGCUAGUGCAAGCAAAAUGAAAUGUUAUUUAGGGAGGGAGAUGGCAUGUAACGUUCUUCACUGCUGAACUCUUAACGUUCAAGUUGCUCAAAGCAGGUAUUCUCAGAGCUGAAGUCAGAUGUCAGUAAAGACAACUCUAGUUUUCUAACCUGCUGAUGAAAUCUGCAGUCUUCUGUGAUUUUUGUUGCACGAUUGUUACCAUUGGCCUAAAACAUCCAUGGCUUUGAUUUAGAGGUUCUGCCAACUUGUGUACUGUCUGUGCUAGAAGCAAUUAACAAUUUUAAAUGUU